ACGGUGUCGUUCAGAAAACAUAGACGUUAAGAAGUUUUGUACUGUAGAAAAAGACGAUAUAUAGGAUCUCACAAUGCGUGAUAUAAAGCAAAUAUUAUGGACUAUCAUUUUUAUGCUUUUAAUUUCUGGUAUUAUAAUGCAACAUACAUCAAAUAGUACAAAAAAUGCAACAUACGAUGGAAGAACUCAGAAUAUUACAUCAAGUAUUAUAAUGCAACAUACGUUAAAUGGUACAGAAAACAAAACAUACUAUGAAAAUAUUCAGAAUGAUAUAAAGAGAAUUAACACCAGGAAAACAUCACCAAUAAUCAGUAUAAUACCAUUCCUUAUAUUUACUUCCAUCAUAAUUUUAUAUAUAAUUAUAUCUUUGCGUAAGUCAGUAAGUAUAAUGAAGAUGCAGCCCUGCUUCUUCCAAUCAGGCACGAAAACAGGCAGCUUCCCGACAUCGUAUGUGAAACGCGCAAUAUCAAUUCAACUAUCAGUAUGAAGACAUCGAUAGCAAACACAGUUAUAUCCUAAAUCUAAUUACGGAUAAACAAAAACAUUUUUACAUAUUAUAUUUUAUACCCUUUAUUUAAAAAAUUUGCAAAUUGAACCUCAUAACUGAAAGAAACUGAUUCGUAAAAACUUAUGUCAAAAAUUUUCUCAAGAAAGACAUAUGCGAAUUAAGCAUAUGACACGAUGACAAUCAAGAACGUUUAAGUAUAAACAUAUUUGUAACCAAAGCCAAUAAAAUUGACGUGAAUAGACAAAUCAAAGUCAAAAGUUAAAUGUAUGUACGUAAGUCGAUUGCUUCUCAUUGUCACGGUGUCAUUCAGAAAGUACAGACGUUCGAAAGUUUGGAAUUGAAGGAAAAAACCAUAGAAAAUCUCACAAUGAAUGUUAUAAGGCAAAUAUUACGAACCAUCAUCUGUAUGCUUUUAAUUUCUGGUACUGUAAUGCAUAAAAUGUCAAACAAGAAAAAAAAUAAAACAUACAAAAAAAAAGUUCAAAAUACAUCUAUUAUUCGAACUACUACAAGCACCAAAACCUCAAAAAAAUUAUCAGAAAGAGGAAUCUCCCUUCAAAUACUUAGUGUUCCACUCUUUUUAAUACUUUUAUAUGCUAUUCAUACUUGUUAUAGAUAUUGUCGUGGUAUGAGAUUUCGAGAGGCAGCCAUGCUUCAUCUGAUAACUAAAAACAGGCAGCAAGCAAACGAAUACCAGCAGCAAGAAAAUCAGCAGGACGAAAACCAGCAGGACGAAAACCAGCAGGACGAAAAUCAGCAGGACGAAAACCAGCAGAACGAAAACCAGCAGCACGAAUUCCUGCCUGACCACUUUGCAAUGUUACCACCAGGCAAUAUUGAAAAUUAUGAUGACAUCUUUAACAACGCAGCCAUAGAUGGGUAAAUAUGUCAUCAUGGAUAAUUCUGUGACUUUCUAUUAUUGCUACUUUAGAAUAAAAUAAUUUUAUUUAUAUGUGACACUCCUAAAAUGAAUGGAAAGUUAUAUUCAAUUUGACUGGAAACUUACAUCGACAGUGCAUUUGUUGUAAUAUAUUUUAUCCCGAAUUAUGUGUAAAACAAUAUAUUUUGACAAAUUUGCAUCGUGAUGCACAUGAAAAACAGCACGAAUCUAACAAUGAUUACUGAAUGUCGUCAGUAUGACAUCAGGAUAAAAGUUUUUAUACCUCUCUCUAUUAUUAUUAUUAUUAAAUAUUAGAUAACUUGUUCUGUGUGACAACUUUAGUUGCUAAUAUGGCUACAGCUUUCGUAGAUUCGGAGAAAUGUAAAGUUAAAAUUUACAUUUUUUAUUAAUAUAUUGAAAUUUUAAUAAUUAAAAUUUAUUAACUUAUUUUAUUUAUUAAAAUUCCGAUUAUUAUCAUACAUAUUGCAGAAUGACUAACUUAUAAAACUUUUUUUAAUUUGAAACAGUUUUAAGAGGGCAAAAUGUUAAUUUUAACAUUAUUUUCU